UGAUGUCACUGCGCGCCGCCGGCGCGUUCACAUGACGUAGCCCACAACACAGGGGAAGAUGGCGGCGCUAGUAAAGGGCGUGGGAUGUGCCAUGCGACCACUGUUGCCAGUGGUCCAGACUUGCAACGUCAACGCUAGACGCUGGGUCCGGGCACUGCGGAGGAGCCCAGUGAAAGUAGUGUUUCCAUCCGGCCAGGUUGUAGAACGGGAGCCCGGUCCUGGGAAGCAGCCCCGGAAGGCGGCAGAUGUGGCCAGUCCCCAGAAACAGCAACAGAAGCAGCCGCUUCAGGUGCCCUCAAAUCCUACACCCAGCACCUGGGAAGAGUCGGGGCUUCGCUACGACAAAGCUUUUCCCGGGGACAAGAGGCUGAGCAGUGUCAUGACAAUAGUUAAGUCCAGGCCGUUUCGGGAAAAGAAAGGGAAGAUCCUCCUGGAGGGUCGCAGGUUGAUUGCCGACGCUCUCAAGGCUGGUGCUGUGCCAAAGACUUUCUUCUUUAGCCGUCUGGAAUACAUAAAGGAGCUGCCCAUGGAUAAAUUGAAAGGUGUCAGCCUUGUUAAGGUGAAAUUUGAGGACAUCAAGGACUGGUCCGACCUGGUAACGCCACAAGGAAUAAUGGGGAUUUUUGCCAAACCUGACCACAUUAAGAUGACAUAUCCAGAAACUCAGCUUCACCAUUCACUGCCCUUAUUGUUGAUUUGUGACAAUCUCCGUGACCCUGGGAACCUGGGGACAAUUUUGAGAUCUGCUGCUGGGGCAGGCUGCAGCAAAGUAUUACUGACCAAAGGCUGUGUGGAUGUCUGGGAGCCCAAAGUGCUGAGGGCAGGUAUGGGCGCGCAUUUCCAGGUGCCCAUUAUCAACAAUCUGGAAUGGGAAGCAAUUCCCAACUACCUGCCCACUGACACCCGGGUCUACGUGGCUGACAACUGUGGCCUUUAUGCCCGGGCCCAAAUGUCUAUGUCUAAUAAAGGCAGCAACCACAGCUGGGUAUGUGACCGACGAUUCCUGAAGUUUCACAAGUAUGAGGAGGAGGAGGAAGAUCUAGAAACUGGAGCCAAAAGAGACUGGCUUCCUGACCUUGAGGUCCAGAGCUACGACUUGGACUGGACAGAGGCACCGGCGGCUGUGGUCAUCGGUGGGGAGACUCAUGGAGUGAGCCUGGAGUCCCUAGAGCUGGCCGAGAGCACUGGGGGCAAGAGGCUGCUGAUCCCCGUUGUGCCUGGUGUGGACAGCCUGAACUCGGCCAUGGCUGCCAGCAUCUUGCUUUUCGAAGGGAAAAGACAACUGCGGGUAAGGGAGGAACACUUGAGCAGGGGCAGGAGUUACCACUGAGAGGGGACACGGACAUCCUUUCUCGGUCCGAGGGAGCCUGUAGCUUCUCCCAUCUCUGAGAAUCUUGUCAGGUGGCUGUGGGCUUGUUUAUACCUGGAGAGCAGUGUGUGAGCUGGGGAAGCCGUUUUCUUCUCUCUCAGCAUUUUCUCUGGGCUUCCCUGGGCCAUAUUCAGGAGGCAAGAGGUAGGCAUGAUGCCAGUAUAUGGCUACUGGAAAAAUAAGAAAUUCCAUGAAUUUCUGCUUAUCCUGAAAAACAACAAAGGUCAGGAUUCUUCCCAAGAGCUCCCAUCUCGCUACCAAUUUGGCGGUCACUGUUUUUUCAGUCAUGUCUUUUUUUUUUAAAAUGUGACACCACAAACAGAUAUCCACACGGCCUAUAUGGGCAUUACAUGUUUUUAAAAGUGGUCCGCCAAGGAGCAUAUUUGUGCCCAGAAAGUUACUGAAGGGAAUGGAGGAAGGCCCAUUCCCUCAACAGCUGGUGGGCACAUUGCAGCCAUCGAGCGUGGCUCAUACGCCAUGGUUAAGGCUGUGGUGCAGGUGGCCAAGUCACUCACUCCCACCAUUGGUCAGUGGGACAUACGCUUCUGUGUCGUGUGUGCAGAACCAGCACAUUACAUUACAGCCUGUUUGCUGGAAUAAGUGUUGCCGGUGGGGCUCAGUGCCUGUUCUUCAACCUUUGGCCUAGUGAUGAGGACACUGCUAAGAGAUGAAUACCUCAGGAAGUGAAGGGCUACCAGCCAUGACCUUCAACAGCUAGCUGUUCUUUUGGGUUGGAUAUACCAUUCUCAGAUUGUUUGUUCAGGCCCUUGACGUAAACAACCACUGUUUACUACGUGUAACACAGUUUUCCCCCUUUUUGAUGAUCGGUAGCUUAAUUCAUCAGGUGGGUCAUACCUUCGUAGCACCCCACAGUUAUCUUUUUGAGGGCUCUUGAUGCAGAGAAGGAGGGGACUGAGUUUUAAAAUCUUCAGCUUAGCCUUGCAUCCAUCAAGAAAGCCGCACCCUGUUCACUAGCUCCUUGCUGAUAGUCCUACUCCAUGUAAGUUUUAGUUCAAGAUGACUCAGGUUACAUACUGACAUUUAAACCCCCUCCUGCAUAGACGCCAUGCUGCGGCUGGACGCCAUGCGAGCAGAGGCCUCAGAGCACUCCUGCAGGAGAGGGUAUGAGGCUGAGAGCCUGGGGUGCUCUGGCCCACAGUGCUGGGGUGUUAUUUGGGUUGUUCUUCACGGCAGCACUGCAGCAGGACUCUGCUGCUGUCCUCACAAACCUGCGGGACCAGGGCGAGCUGGAUCCUUACCUGGGGCCAGCCAGGAGAUAGAUGCAGGCGGUAAUCACCUUGUUUGUAAGUGACCGUGGGAAGGGGGUGGGUGGGACUGGAACGUGGGAUUCCUUUCAAGCACCAUUUGGCAACCACAUAGAAUAUGAGGGACACAGGCAGUGUGGUUUGACCGCAUUCCGUCUGAACGGUGGAUCCUGCCAUGGUUGGAUCCCUUGGGAGCCCUUCAGCUGCUCAUUCCAGGAGUGCCCAGUGAGUUCCUUUGCCAUGCCUGAGGAAAACUACAAUGACCCAGUAAAACUUCCUCUCUGGGAAGCCAAGUGAUCAAGUGUGAUUUGUACCCCAAGUGGCAGGGUGGAAUUGGCUUUGGCAUGUUUGAGGGGAGAGGAGAGGUGUUGGCAGGAACAGUCCUCUUUGGUCGGCUGUGCCCACCCCAGCUGACCAGCCUGGACUGCUGCUGUGGCGUCCUACUCUGGUCUGGGCCUGCCCAGGGUUCCACAGAAAUGCCCGGUGCAAAUAGAGUGCCGACGACUGCUGGGAAGAAGGCGUUGAUGUGGCUCGGCUUCUUUGCCUGAAAUAGAUAUAUCUAGUUGUGGGUUCAAAAAGGAGCCCUGGCAUUGCAGUGGUUAAGUGCUCGGCUGCUAACCAAAAGGUCGGUGAUUCGAACCCACCAGUGGCUCCGCAGGAGAAAAGAUCUGGUGAUCUGCUCCCGUAAAGAUUACAGCCUAGGAAACCCUAUAGGGCGGUUCUAAUGUGUCCUGUAGGGUCGCUAUAAGUCGGAAUCGACUUGAUGGCACACAACAACGGCAGCUGUGGGUUCCAGCCCAUGGAUGGUUCUUGAGCCCCUGGACCCCAGUCAGCUUUUAGAAAGUAGAAGAGCCCAAAGCCUGUAUAGUGCACUGCCCCAGAAAGGCUGUACGGACCACCUAGCAAGAUCAGCAAACUUUACAAGUUGACAUAAGAAUUGAAAGAGGAACAUAGCCUGUCGCACCAGCAGCUAAGUAUGGAAGGAAGCCCAGAGAGGUUGUACCUCACUGCUGUUCACAUACGGUCUCCCGCAACACCUUAGUGAAGUGUUUUUAAGGGAACAGAAGUCGCUAAAAGGAAGCUCACGUCUCUCCAGCAUGAAACCAGUCUCCUGGAAUUUGUGUCCUUGGGUUAUUGUUCCUGCUCAUUUUGGUUACAAAAUAAAAAACAAGGAAAGAACAAACCCUAUACUUCGUUUGGAAAAACAGCAAUGCAAAACACUAAACAUGGCAAAUAAUUUUAAGCCCGUUUUAUCAUCUUGGGUGUAUGAGGGAAAGAAAUUUGCAUUCCAUUCAGGUUCUAGUCAGUUGCUUAUGUACAAUGUCUUAUGAGUUCUUUUGUGUAUUUGUGGAUAUAAUUUAGCCCAGGAAGGGGAGGAGGUGGGGGGAGAAGCAAAUUUUCCUUUCUUUAAAAUGGCAACAGAGGAAGCAAAUGGUGGUUAAUGGAUUGAAACAUUGAUAAAAAAUGAGAGCUCUUGUUUGCUGAGUGAUACUGGAAAAUCACUAUCUUGAAUUCUCAGUUUUGAGGCCAACAUUUGUUCUGUUACCAUUUCCCCAGGAAAUAGGAAUAAAAACUGAGAGAUAUAUGACAAGAAAAACACACUCGCUGCUUUGCUGAAAGAUAAAUAUUGUCACAAGGUUGGGCAAGCUCCCCCUUUGCCUUUGUGUGGAGGCCCAGCUGCAGUAGUGAUUUCUGCCACAAGGUGGCAGGCCACAUCUCUCAAACCACCCCCAAAGCUGAAGGGAAGGGUUGGGUGUUUUUCCUGGAUUUAAAUUGUUGAAAAAAGGGGAAAGAAGAAGGAAGUCAAAAGUCUCCCUCCACCUACAGAGGGCAUUUUGCAAACUAUCUGUGCACAGAGCUGGUUCUGCUACGGUUGGAGACCCAUCCAGAUAGUCACACAUUGGAUCUUGGCAGAAGUUAAGACUCUAAAGUACACAAGGGCACUGGGAACAAAAACUAAGAAGGAAGCAUACAGAGAAGUGGCAGCAGCAGAAAAGACUUAGCAGUUUUCCCUCCUGAAUGGAAGGCAGUUGAGGGCAAACACUGAUGUCCUGAAGCACCUGAACUCAGACUGGGGUCCCCCUGCAGCACCAUUCAGUUAGCGCCUCAGGGCAGGAAGAAAGCAGAAACCCAUCUCUUCCCCCAGCUACAGUUGCUUGCUCCUGGUUAGAAUCCAGGUCUUCAAGGCCCAGAGGAUAAACAGAUCUCCGGGAACAGGUUUCCACCAGUUUUCUCUGGGAGCUUUUACCACUUGUCCCAGUGUUAACAGCAACACCAGAUGUCACUACCACUUAGCUCCACUUCUUUUGCCUUUCCACCAAAGACCCCUGAAAGCACCCCUCAUCCAAAGGUUCUGUGGCCUCAGGCUCCCCUCUUGGCCAAGCUGUCUCUGCAGGAGCCGGCAUGAAUGUGGCUCACUUUUUUUUUUUUUAAAGGAACUCCUAUGUAGCCACUUUUAAACUCCAAGAUCUUAUUUCCUCUCUUUUCAUUAGUGAAUGCACAAAGGUAAUAAGCUAGAAACCAAAUUAAUGAUUGAACUGAUACAUUGCCCGGGAUGACUUUAAAAGGUCUCUGAACUAGGGAACCAUGUUACAUUCGAGCAGCUGAGGUAGCAGCUGCAACCUGAGUCAUCACCGAAAGCUUCAGGAUGCUGGUGUUGAUGCUCAGUGGCCAAGUAUGACUAAAAAAUCCCGGUAUGUUAUGGAUGGUUAUCAAACAAACCAAACCCACUG